GUAGAAAAACUUGCAAGCCUGCUGCUGGAUUAGACUGAAGGCUGACAACAUGAAUGUACAUGUACUAUUGCUGUUUAUAUCAGUGCUUGCAUGGUCAGAGAUCAAUUUGUGCACUGCUACUAGUGAUGCAGAACUGACAGUGAGCUUUACUCCGACCUCUUACACUGUAACUGAGGGAGAAGCUGUGUCAGUGUGUGUGACAGUCACCCCUGCACUGGUUGGAGAGGCUAUGGUGGUGGUGGUAAGACUGAUAAGCAGUGAGGGAUUCUCUCAAGAUCUCACUGUUGAUCCGACAAGCACACUGACAUUGACCAACACUAUAACCCAAGUUUGCUGGAAUGUUGCUGCCAUAGAUGAUCCUAUAUUUGAGAAUUCUGAGAGUUUCACGCUGACAAUUGUACCGAUGACUGCUGGAGUGUCUGUGGGGCAGCAAAGUACUGUCACUGUAAUGGAUAAUGACAAUGUCAUAGUUGCUAUGACAAAUGACCAGAGGUCAGUCACUGAAGAAAUGACAGUAAUGGUUUGUGUAACCUUGACUGGACAGUUGGGGAGAAGUGUGUUAGUGGAUCUGACCAGCACCAUCGGAACUGCUUCUGAAAGUGAUUUUAGCUUAGCGUCAGGCAAUCUGACAUUUACUGCAUCUAACUCAAGCACAAAUGAGAAGUGUUCGGUUGUAACGGCCACAAGUGAUGACAUCUUUGAAGAUGAUGAGACAUUCACAGUAACACUAAACCCGAACAGUCUCCCUAGUGGGGUCACCAUAUCUGGAGAGAGCUCCACUACUGUGACAAUCCCUGCCAAUGAUGAUGUUACCAUCCAAAUGGCGGAAAUGCAAAAGCAAGUUACAGAAGGACAAAUGGUAACAGUUUGUGCUUCACUGACUGGACUGUUGGGGAGAAGUGUAGUUGUGGGUCUGACCAGCACCAUCGGAACUGCUUCUUCAAGUGAUUUUAGCUUAGCGCCAGGCGAGCUGACAUUUACUGCAUCAGACUCAACAACUCCGUGUUCAGUUGUAACGGCCACAAGUGAUGACAUCUUUGAAGAUGAUGAGACAUUUACAGUGACACUAAACCCGGACAAUCUCCCUAGUGGGGUCACCAUAUCUGGAGAGAGCUCCACUACUGUGACAAUCCCUGCCAAUGGUGAUGUUACCAUCCAAAUAGUGGAAAUGCAAAAGCAAGUUACAGAAGGACAGACGGUAACAGUUUGUGCUUCACUGACUGGACUGUUGGGGAGAAGUGUAGUUGUGGGUCUGACCAGCACCAUCGGAACUGCUUCUUCAAGUGAUUUUAGCUUAGCGCCAGGCGAGCUGACAUUUACUGCAUCAGACUCAACAACUCCGUGUUCAGUUGUAACGGCCACAAGUGAUGACAUCUUUGAAGAUGAUGAGACAUUCACAGUGACACUAAACCCGAACAGUCUCCCUAGUGGGGUCACCAUAUCUGGAGAGAGCUCCACUACUGUGACAAUCCCUGCCAAUGGUGAUGUUACCAUCCAAAUAGUGGAAAUGCAAAAGCAAGUUACAGAAGGACAAAUGGUAACAGUUUGUGCUUCACUGACUGGACUGUUGGGGAGAAGUGUAGUUGUGGGUCUGACCAGCACCAUCGGAACUGCUUCUUCAAGUGAUUUUAGCUUAGCGCCAGGCGAGCUGACAUUUACUGCAUCAGACUCAAGCACAACUCAGAAGUGUUCAGUUGUAACGGCCACAAGUGAUGACAUCUUUGAAGAUGAUGAGACAUUCACAGUGACACUAAACCCGAACAGUCUCCCUAGUGGGGUCACCAUAUCUGGAGGGAGCUCCACUACUGUGACAAUCCUUGCCAAUGGUGAUGUUACCAUCCAAAUGGUGGAAAUGCAAAAGCAAGUUACAGAAGGAUGGACGGUAACAGUUUGUGCUUCACUGACUGGACUGUUGGGGAGAAGUGUAGUUGUGGGUCUGACCAGCACCAUCGGAACUGCUUCUUCAAGUGAUUUUAGCUUAGCGCCAGGCGAGCUGACAUUUACUGCAUCAGACUCAACAACUCCGUGUUCAGUUGUAACGGCCACAAGUGAUGACAUCUUUGAAGAUGAUGAGACAUUCACAGUGACACUAAACCCGAACAGUCUCCCUAGUGGGGUCACCAUAUCUGGAGAGAGCUCCACUACUGUGACAAUCCCUGCCAAUGGUGAUGUUACCAUCCAAAUAGUGGAAAUGCAAAAGCAAGUUACAGAAGGACAGACGGUAACAGUUUGUGCUUCACUGACUGGACUGUUGGGGAGAAGUGUAGUUGUGGGUCUGACCAGCACCAUCGGAACUGCUUCUUCAAGUGAUUUUAGCUUAGCGCCAGGCGAGCUGACAUUUACUGCAUCAGACUCAAGCACAACUCAGAAGUGUUCAGUUGUAACGGCCACAAGUGAUGACAUCUUUGAAGAUGAUGAGACAUUCACAGUGACACUAAACCCGAACAGUCUCCCUAGUGGGGUCACCAUAUCUGGAGGGAGCUCCACUACUGUGACAAUCCCUGCCAAUGGUGAUGUUACCAUCCAAAUAGUGGAAAUGCAAAAGCAAGUUACAGAAGGACAGACGGUAACAGUUUGUGCUUCACUGACUGGACUGUUGGGGAGAAGUGUAGUUGUGGGUCUGACCAGCACCAUCGGAACUGCUUCUUCAAGUGAUUUUAGCUUAGCGCCAGGCGAGCUGACAUUUACUGCAUCAGACUUAAGCACAACUCAGAAGUGUUCAGUUGUAUCAGCCACAAGUGAUCUCAUCUUUGAAGAUGAUGAGACAUUCACAGUGACACUAAACCCGAACAGUCUCCCUAGUGGGGUCACCAUAUCUGGAGAGAGCUCCACUACUGUGACAAUCCCUGCCAAUGGUGGUGUUAUUAUACAAAUGAUGGAAAUUCAAAAGCAAGUUACGGAAGGAGGCGUAGUAACAGUUUGUGCUUCACUGACCGGACAGUUAGGGAGAAAUGUUGAAGUCAGACUAGCAACCAGCAGCGGGGGAACAGCUUCAGAUACAGACUUUUUAUCAGCAUCAGUGACAAGAACAUUUACUACUACUGAUAUAACAGAUAAGUGUAUUAUGGUCAUUAUGACGAGCGAAGACAAUAUUUUUGAGGCAAAUGAGAUGUUCACUGUGUCACUGAGUGUGGUCAGUCCAACUACUGGAGCCACUGUCAUUGUAGGGAGGAGCCAAACCACAGUGAUCAUUGUGGAUGAUGAUGAGGUGAUGGUUGAAAUCAGAACUUCAGGAGUAACAAAUUCAGAUGGUGACAUUCUUUUGGACGAAGGGCAAUCUGUUGAGGUGUGUGUUUCAGUCAGUGGUGCAACCAUUAGUGAGAGAGAAGUUGUGGUACACGUUGCUACUAGCGAACUGCCGGACGAUGAGAAACCAGCGACCUCUGGCAUUGAUUAUCAAGACUUUACGAUGGACGCAACAUUUACUUCUAGCCAAUCACAAGUUUGUGUGAAUAUUCAAACUUUGCUAGAAAUGUCUCCAAUUUAUGAGAACAACGAAGUGUUUAGUGUGAGUCUGUCAGAUUCCAGUGCUAAUCCGAGGAUCAGACUUGGGGCACAGAAAACUGUUCGCAUUAGGGAUAUAGAUAGAGCUCUAGUAUCGCUAGUGAACCCAACUAUAGUACAGAAUGAAGGAGAUGGUGAUGUGUCCGUUUGUGCUAGACUAGACUCUCCAGCGGGAGGGACAGAGAAGGAUAUAUUUAUAACACUCAAUUAUCGGAUCUCGUCAGCCGAGGACUUCACCUUCCCCUUCAACUCUCGUGUAGGGGAUACCCAGUGCCUGACUAUCACUGUUACCAAUAACCAUGUGUACCAAACUAGUCCAGUGUUGACACAAACUAUUACUCUCAAUAAAAAUCCAAUGGCCCUCAAUCAAGGAAGAUUGGAUCUGGGAAACACAGUGACGACAACAGUUACUGUCAACGAUGAUGAUGAUGCUGUUAUCUCCAUGACCACUCCUACCAUGACAAGUACCGAGGGUGGUGUGGUUGAGGUGUGUGCUAAUCUGGUCAGUCCAUCUGGUGGAACAAGUGUACCCAUCACUAUUGUGUUUACUUGGAGUGGAGGAUCAAGCACUGCAACCUUCUCGGCUAACUCAAAUGCAAACACUCGGCCGUGUAUACAACUGACAGUGGCAGAUGAUGAUAUAUACGGGACGUCUCUAAUACCAGUGUACAAUGUUGUGUUGAGCAGUCCCACCUCAAGAGUGACUGUUGGAGGGAUUAGCCAAACUACAAUAACAGUCAACGAUGACGAUGAUCCGGUGUUGGCUCUAUCACAAUUGUCUUACACCUUUGCUGAAGCUACGGAGGAGACUGGACAGAUCUGUGUUGUGUUGGAGGGUCCAUCUGGAGGACUGGCAACUGGAACACUUGAAGUGUUGUUCACUAUUGACACAGGGAAUAUCAAUAGACCAGCAACUCCACAAGUUGAUUUCACUACUAGUUCUCUAGUGCAAACGAGGCAGUUUUCAACUAUUGGAGAGUCCAGAUGUAUCUCAGUGACAAUAGUUGAUGAUGACACCGCUGAUCCUGGUGAAUCGUUUCAGGUCACAGUAACCUCCACCAACAAUCGAGUUACGUUUAGAGGUGGAGCGGUUGCUAUAGUAAUAAUCGACAAUGAUGAUGUGUUGCCUGGUGCAACUAACCUCAGAAAUUCUACAACAGAAUCCAGAAGUGUGACCUUGAUGUGGGACCAUCCAGAUACUACCUCGAUUACUGUAACACUAAUUGAGUACAGUGUACAAGUGACAGGGACCGGUGGUUUUACAUCAAUGUCGCUUACAAAUUUGAAUUCUUCCUUCAUUGUCAUCAACAACCUUUUUCCUUAUCAACAAUACCAGUUCUCUGUCAGUGCUAUUUAUCAGUUAGACAACAUUGGGGAAGAGGUUUCAAUUGUUGUAAGAACAAGACAAGAAGUUCCAGGAGGUCCAUCUGCUAUGUUGAUGGCUUCACCCACGGCAACCACCCUCACCCUCUCCUGGGGUCCACCAGCUGAACCUAAUGGAGUCAUUAUCGCCUACACACUGUAUGUGGACUACCUCAAUGGAACCACCACGACCUUUAAUACUACAUCCGAACAGUUCACAAUAUCUCCCCUGAGUCCUUAUCAAACUGUAUCAGUGCAAGUAUCAGCCAGUACUUCAGUUGGUGAGGGACCAAAAACACCCAGUAUGGAGUUCACCACAGCUGAGGCCAAGUCUGGCCCAGUUGGUAGUCUGAGAGUCUUAAGAGUGAAUGAAACUACCUUCACUGUCAACUGGACUGAGUCUGCUGAUGUCAAUGGAGUGUUACUAACAUACACCAUCAGUGUUAACGAGGAAGAAAGCAACUCAGCAGUUACAGAGUACAACACUUUAGCUACCUCGUUCUCUAUACAUGAAUUAGUCCCCUAUACUCCCUAUGUGGUAUCAGUGGCUGCCAUCAAUGGCGCUGGUGCUGGAGAGCCUGUCAGUGUUGUAGAAUUCACUGCUGAAGGAAUUCCCCUAAUCCAUCCUCGAGAUAUUGGUUCCACUCGACUGAAUGGAACAGCUGUCCGGGUGUCAUGGAGACCACUCAGUCGCUCAGAGGCUAGAGGCUUCAUCACUAACUACACCAUCACCUACUGGAGAGUUGGCUCUAAUGCUGCGAAUGCUAGUACCAUUACUGUAUCUGGGGAAGACGCCAGCUCUGCUAUAAUUAUUAAUCUCGACCCAAACUCUGAUUACUACUUUACAGUGUCAGCUGGUACAGUACAGGGAGUGGGCAAUGUCAGUGUUGCCAUGGUUAUACUCCCACAGUCAGGGACAAUGGUGGUAUUGAUUGCUGGGGCUGUUGCAGGACUGGUCGUUGCCGUGGUUCUACUGAUAAUCGUAGUCUGUAUUGUUUGCAUAGUUAGGAGAAGAAGACAACACGAUAGUUUUGCUCCUAAACACAAGCUAAUGAAACCUGCCCCUCCACCAAAACCAAUUCGUAGUCCUGACACUUACCCACUCCAUGAGAAGGAGGUAGAAUCUCAAGAAGACCUGCACAAAGAAGAAGUAGACGAAGUGGACACGGCCUUUGAUACUAGUGAUGAUAUUGCAGUAGUUGAUUUUGCCAGUCAUGUCAGAGAGCUGCACAAAGAUGAUGACACAGACUUUGAGAGUGAAUAUCGCUCUAUCAAGGAUGGCAAUCACUCGUGGAAUGUGGCACAGCUGCCCCAGAACAAGUUCAAGAAGAACAGGUUCACAAACAUCUUCCCAUAUGACCACUGUAGAGUCAAGCUGCAGUCAACAGACACACCUGGCUCAGAUUACAUCAAUGCCAGCUGGAUAAAGGGCUAUAAGAGAGACAAUGCUUACGUUGCUGCACAAGGUCCUAUGGCUUCAACGGUGGAGGAUUUCUGGCGCAUGAUUUGGGAGAAUAAACUCCCUACGAUUGUCAUGGUAACCAAACUGGUUGAGAGCUCCAGAGAGAAGUGUGCCCGAUAUUGGCCUAGUGCUACCGGGGAGGAAAUGGAAGUUGGUCUGAAUAUUGUCGUCCUUCUAAAGGAGAUCAAAUUGUUCACUGACUACGAGAUCAGGAUCAUGUCAAUAACAAAUGCAUCAGAGCCUGGGUCCAGUCCGUUCCUAGUUACCCACUUCUACUACCUAGGUUGGCCCGACCACGGUGUUCCACAAUAUGCCACCUCUCUCCUCGGUUACCUGAGGCGGGUCCGCAAGAGCCAUCCCGUAUCCGGGACUCCCCUCCUGGUCCACUGCAGCGCAGGGGUCGGGCGUACAGGUACGUUCAUCGUACUAGAUGCCAUGCUCCAGCGCAUCCAGGAGGAGAGGGUAGUGAACGUGUACCAGUUUGUGAGGGAACUGCGGGAGAGACGAUGUCUUAUGGUGCAGACUAUGUCACAGUACGUGUUCAUCCACGAUUCUCUGGACGAGCUGAUAACAUGUGGAGAUACUGAGAUAGCUGCUCACAACCUCAACAUUGCCAUCAACCAGCUGGGCAGAAUAGCCUCAGGGAAAUCACUGUCUGGAUAUGAGGAGCAGUUUCAGCUUCUGGAACAAGUCAGCAGAAAACCAUCACAACAAGACAGAGACAUCAUUGCCAGCCAAGAAGUGGAGAGCAAGAACCGUUACCAUGACAAAUUCCCAUAUGAUGCACAUCGACCCAAGCUCAUGGGAAGCUCCAAACAGGACCAGUACAUCAAUGCCAGCUUUAUAGACGGAUACAAACACAGGAGAUGCUUUGUGGUCACACAGGCUCCCCUGGACAACACUGUACUGGACUUUUGGAAGAUGGCCAAGAAUCUUGAGAGCAGGACAAUCGUGUUGCUAUGCGACCUGACUGAAAAUGGAAAGGACAUGUGUACGCAGUACUGGCCAGAUAAGGUCGACGGAGAGGUCAAUUACGGCAAGAUGACUAUCAAACUGCUCUCGGAAAAAUUGGAGAAAGAAAUCAGCGUGAGAAAACUGGAGAUCUCUCAAACUCUGAAAGUGACUGGCAGCGACUGUUACGUGCUGACUAUGUUUCAUUGCAAGACGUGGAAUGAGAAUGGGACCCCGCCGGCACCGGAAUCGGUUAUACACCUGAAUGAGUUGGUGGUCAAUAGUCAGAAAUCGACAGGAAACAAACCCAUCAUUGUCAUGUGCAAUGAUGGGUGUGGUCGAUCUGGCACCUUCCUGAGUGUGUACUCGGCCAUCGAUAGGUUCAAAGUUGAAGCGGUGGUGGAUGUGUUUCAGUGCGUGAAGUCAGCACGCAUUCAGAGGAUGGCAUUGGUGGCCAAUACGGAGCAGUACAUACUCGUGCACGAGGUUCUCAAGAAUUACAUGAACUCAUUUGAUCAAUACGCCAACUUUGCUGUACUGUAAAUACCAGAGACUGUAGUUAAAGCUUAUCCCAAUAAACUUAUCACCAAAAAAUAGUUAGUAGAAAAUGAGUGCAACUUAAUCCGUUUUAUAUCUGUCGUAAAAAUGUAUGUUUAUAGUUGUGUUAAGUUAAUUAUAACACAUUAAUAAGAUUGGAAAUUAAAUACAUAA